AUGCCCAAAGCUGUGCUGCUCCUGGUACUGUGGGCUUUGCUGGGGGAUCUGCCAGCAGCUGAGGGCCGAACUUCUCCCUAUGCCGUAAAACUGUGUGGUCGAGAGUUCAUCCGGGCUGUCAUCUUUACCUGUGGGGGUUCUCGAUGGAGACGGGCUAGAACCGAGGAUGCCUUUGCUGAGGAGUUAGGGGGUGAGUCCCAGGAGACCACUUCAAUUGAAUGGCUGUCCAGUCCCCUCCUGCCACUGUCCAGGGAGCCUGAAGACUUCUACAGCAGCAUGGGAGGCUCUAGCUGGGCUGGGAUGUCCAGGAGCCGGCCAGAGUCAGAGUCUGAGGCCAGGCCUGGCCAGGGCUUCCUCCGGGGUGGUCGGGAUGUUCUGGCAGGUGUCUCCAGCAACUGCUGCAAGUGGGGCUGCAGCAAGACUGAGAUUAGCAGCCUGUGCUAGACUCUGGGGGGAAGGGGAGACUUCAUUUCCUCUGCUGAGUAUUAGACUCAGUGGAGCCUGAACCUCCCCUCCUCUACUCCAGGUCCCUCCUGCUCUCUGCCCCUCCUGAGGCCAAACUCUGGAUCUCUGCUCACUCUUGUCCUCACUUUGUUCUUAAGAGCCUCACUCUAUUUUCCAAUGGUAGAAUGGGCUUCCCUUCCCUUUCCUUACUUUAGCUUCCCUUCUGAUAUUAAAGUCCAGUUCUUUCCCUUUUCUCUUUGUGUGCCCCAUUUUCUAUACUCUCCCUUCAACUUCACACCCCUCCUCUGCUUGGCCCUUGAGCUUAGUGUACCCUGAGCCUGUUUGGGGAAUGGAAAUGGACCCGCCUAGUUCACCCCACCCAUCACCCAUCACAUCAUGUUGGGGGCAGCCAUAUGAGAAUUCUCCCAAGUAAAUGAUUUCUGGCCUAGGGGAAAAAAAAAGCUGUCCUCCGGAAUCAUAGGAGAAAGUUAAAGCUGGGCAAGACCUCAGAUAUAUUCCCACAGCUCCAACCUGGAAUGGUUCCCCAUACAACCUCAUACCCAUGAUCAUUCCACACCAGAAUCAUUCAGUCCCGCAGUGAAACAACACACUUGCUACUCAGCUCUCACUGUGGGGGAUGGGAGAGAGUGAGUGGCUGGGGCUGGG